AGUCUAACUUGAAAGUCACGGUUCAUAAGUUUACGCUAUGGAGCAGUAUUUCUUUAUAUUCACGAUAUUGUUAGCAAUUUGUACUUAUUACGCUGAAACUGAACCGUCGCUAUAUCGUUCGAUUCGGUCUACUAGUGAUGACACUGAAAAAUGGAUUGAGGAAUCUAUGCUAGAUCAAAUUAAAGCUGUAGCUAACAAUUGUGAUAAAGAACUCAAGAUUGACGCUACAAAACCAGGCGAAAUAAGAAGUCCAAAUUAUGACAAAGGUUCUUAUAGCAAAGAUCUUUCUUGUUCGUAUAAAAUACAAGCUCCAUUUGGUUACAGGAUAAAAAUAACAUUUACUGGCUUCGAUAUAAAACCUUCAAAGCUUUGUAAAAAAGAUAGACUCAUCUUUAGUGGACAAGAUGGUAAUUUGGGUGUGUUUUGUGGUUAUGAUAUUCCUCGUCCGGUUCUUUCUCAUGAAAAUGAAAUACAAGUGCUUUUUCAAACGAAGACUUCGGAUGGAAGAGGAUUUGUUAUCCAGUAUGAAGCAUCUCCAGGCAUGGAGCUAUGCAGAAGAAGACAAACUGUUUGCAGGAAUCGAAAUUGCUACAAAAAUUCAAGAAAAUGCGAUGGUAUCGACGAUUGUGGAGAUGGUACCGAUGAAGAAAACUGUGAUUUCCCUGUUGCAAAGUUAUCUGAUGAUAACUGUGGAAAUACUCCUAUAAAACCCAAAAACCUAUACGUAGAUAACAACACAUUAGUGGGGGCUGUUCCAAACAGUUGGCCAUGGCAAGUAUCUUUGCAGUACUCAGAGAUUGAGCCGAACGGCCACUUUUGUGGUGGUACACUGAUUAGUCCACAGUGGGUCAUUAGUGCAGCUCAUUGUUUCACGAGUAUCAAGCAUCCUAAUGACGUAAGAGUUGUCCUUGGCAGUCAUUACCAAUUUGUCAAAUCAGAAUACGAAGUAAAUCGCGUGGCUGAAAGAAUUAUUCCUUAUCCCAUAAUAGCCUAUCCUGGUUUGGAUGGAGAAGAACUGAAGAUUGCAAAUUACAGGAAUGACAUUGCCCUGAUAAAGCUGAAUGCUCCAGUUAAUUUUACCGAUGGAGUUCAACCUGCAUGUCUGUGGGGGUUUGGAGUAAUGUCUGGAUGGAAGUGCUAUUCAACUGGAUGGGGCGAAACUUCCCCAACUACCGAAUAUUCCAAAGAACUGAAACAAUCAAUACAAUUCAUCCAAGACACGGAGCAAUGUCCACAUCAUGAAAAUACACAGAUUUGCGUUGAAAAACCCAGCAGUGACGCAUGCUUGGGAGAUAGUGGUGGCCCUCUUGUUUGUUUUCUUAGAGACAAAUGGCGUUUAAUGGGAUCCGCAAGCUACAAUGCCGCCGGGGACAAGUACCGAUUUGGAAAACUAUGCAAACCAAAUGAAAGUAAAUUGAUUUUUGCGAACAUUAAUCACAAGAUGAAUUGGAUAGAGAAAACGGUUAAUGAAAAUCGUUGAAAAAUGGGUGAAACAGCAGGAAAUAUAUUCAAUAGAAAGUAUACUUAUCAAAAUAAAAAUUAAAUAUAUAAAGUUUUAUAUCA